AUGGGGGGCAGCGCCCGGAACCCGGGAGUCCUGCAAAGGGACAACGCCCCCAGCCAGUCUCCGUACCAGCGGUUAAGUCAAAGGAUGCUGGACCUUUCCGGGGACCGGGGCGUGCUGAAGGAUGUCAUCCGAGAGGGUUCUGGAGAGCUGGUGACACCGGACGCUUCGGUGCUCGUGAAAUAUUCUGGGUAUCUGGAGCACAUGGACAAGCCUUUUGAUUCCAAUUGCUUUAGGAAAACCCCUCGGCUCAUGAAACUUGGAGAGGAUAUCACACUUUGGGGCAUGGAGCUGGGCCUUCUGAGCAUGCGGAGAGGAGAGCUGGCCAGGUUUCUGUUCAAACCGACCUAUGCUUACGGAAUGCUGGGCUGUCCUCCCCUGAUCCCCCCAAACACUACCGUCUUGUUCGAGAUCGAGCUGCUUGACUUCCUGGAUUCUGCUGAGUCAGACAAGUUUUGUGCCCUCUCAGCCGAGCAACAGGAUCAGUUUCCACUUCAGAAGGUCCUAAAAGUGGCAGCUACUGAACGGGAGUUUGGCAACUACCUUUUCCGCCGAAAUCGUUUCUAUGAUGCCAAAGUGAGAUAUAAACAGGCCUUGUUGCUUCUCCACCGGCGAUCGGUACCCCUUGAAGAGCAGCACCUGGUGGAGACCGCCAAGCUGCUUGUCCUCCUUAACCUGUCCUUCACGUACCUGAAGCUGGAGCGACCCGCCGUGGCCCUGCGCUAUGGAGAGCAGGCUCUGAGCAUUGACCAGAAGAACGCCAAGGCCCUCUUCCGAUGCGGACAGGCCUGUCUCCUCAUGACUGAGUAUCAGAAGGCCCGGGAUUUUCUAGUCCGAGCCCAGAAGGAACAGCCCUUCAAUCACGACAUCAAUAACGAGCUGAAGAAACUGGCCAGCUAUUACAGGGAUUACAUGGGUAAAGAGAAAGAAAUGUGUCACCGAAUGUUUGCUCCUGGUGAACAUGGCUCUACAGUAGGAGAAAACUAAAGGAUUAUCUGCCGGUUUUACAGAAAAGGAAACAGAGCGAAGAGCCCAAAGCCACAUACAACUAGUGAAGAAGCAGAGGCUGCACUUGAACUGUCCCAGAGUACACGGUCGAGGCGUCCCACGCGUUAAAAGCCUUAGAAAUCGUCCCGCCUGGGGUAAAAAGAGGUGAUGCGGUACGGUGGCAGGGAAAUCCUCCGGCUGACUGUCUUGUCGCGGGGAGAGGUUGGGCAGCAACCCACUCAGAAGGGGAAGAACCGAGUGUGAGCGGGCAGACGAGGUCGCUUGUACACCCCGCCCCGCCAGACUGCG